CUUUAUUACAAGUAUAUAAACAGUAGAACAUAACAAUUUAUUUUGUAAAUAUCAAUAUUCAAGUAGUAUAGGAUACUAUGUCGUGAGUACAUUAACAUAUUUUGGAGGCGAAAUAGAAAACAGGGAUGCUGAUUUCAAAUACAUAAAUUCUAAAAUGUUCGUGUUCAGAGAAGAUACAGAUAAAGAUGAAGGUAAAGGGCAUGAUUUGUUUUCUCCGAGAGAUGGUAAAGAGGAUCAAUGUGAUGCUGAUGGAACAAACCACGAUACCACCCCUUUGAUCGAAGGAAAGUCAUCGAUGUUUGUUUGCCGGUAUGUGUACGUCAGCCAUUUUUUGUCGGCAUGGGGUGCUCGCAUGUGGCAGUUCGGCGCUGGUCUAUUUCUUGUCAUCAUCAACCCUGAUUCCCUGCUGUUGACAGCUGUCUAUGGAUUUGUUAUGGGAGCUUCAAUGUUGCUAUUUGGUCCAUUGGUUGGGGACUGGGUAGAUAGAACACCAAGACUUUCAGCUGCACGAUCUUCCCUGGUUAUACAGAAUCUAAGUAUAGCAUUGUGCUCGCUUGUUGUAUAUUUUGUGAUUCAAUACCGAUCCGAAAUAGAGACAGAAUGGCCAAACAAUGCACUCCUAACAUUGUGCUAUGGCAUAAUCAUUCUCAUAUCCACUAUUGCCCAGUUAGCCAGCUCAGGAAACACAAUAGCAGUCGAAAAAGACUGGAUCGUGGAGAUAUGUGGCUCGGACACUGAUCUUCUUGCAUCUACCAGCGCCAUUCUAAAGAGUAUAGAUCUUAUCACGAACAUUGUUGCACCUAUUGUGACCGGACAGAUUAUGGGUUUUGCUUCCACGGAAGUCGGAGCCCUCUUUAUCGGAGGAUGGAACAUAGUUUCAGUAUUCGUUGAAUAUUACCUACUGUGGAAGGUAUACAAUGUUGUUCCUGCACUUAGAGCCAAGAAAGAGCAAUGCAGAGUUGAUAAAGAAAGAGACCAGUCAUCUGGUUCAUGUACUUCCUGUAUGAAAGGAAUGUUGGGAAGUUUCGUCACACUGGCUCGUGGAUGGAAAACUUUUAUGAGCUAUGACGUAGCCUUUGCUGGGUUAGGCCUUGCCUUCUUGUUCAUGACAGUUUUGGGAUUCGACAACAUCACUGUAGGUUUUGCAUACACACAAGGUGUAAAUGAAUCAGUAAUGGGGGCUUUGAUGGCAGCUGGAGCUGUAGUGGGAAUUCUUGGAACUAUAAUAUAUCCACGCAUGCGCAAACUUGUUGGUCAACAGCGGACGGGCCUUUACGGUCUUCUCUUUCAAACGCUUUUUCUUACGUUGUGCGUUGCUUCUGUGUGGGCUCCCGGAUCACCAUUUGAUCUUUCUUAUGCUGAGAAGGAAUCCGGAACACUAGCAGAAUUGAAUUCAACCGAAGAGCAAUUUUCAUUCAACAUGACGAUACAUGAAAGCAAAAUGUUAUCAAAUUCUACACUAACUCCAGUAGAGAAGACUUGGAAAGACUAUGUCUCCAUUGGCCUACUCAUGACUGGAAUAAUUGGAGCUCGAUGUGGUUUAUGGAUGGCAGAUUUGACCAUCACUCAACUAUUUCUGGAGACUGUCAUUGAAAAAGAACGAGGAAUUGUUUUCGGUGUUCAAAAUUCAUUGAAUCAACUCAUGGACAUGUUGAAAUUUAUUAUGGUGAUGGUAGCACCACAGCCAGAAGUUUUCGGAGUGCUUGUGUUGAUUUCGUUUGCAUUUGUCUUAAUUGGAUGCUUGCUGUACGCCAAAUAUUCCCACAGUGUCAGGGGUCAUUUGUUUCACGCUUUUGACAAGUUAAAUGCUUUGAAGCAUAAUAGAUCAAAAAUACAUUGCUCUCCGACAAUUAUGUUACGUACCACAAAGGCUAUUCAGACUUGGCAUAAUAAACAAUAGUGGCGUGCUUUCUGGAAUCAAUAGAAAAUAUAGAAAAAUAAUUACUGCCUGUAUUGUAUGAAUUGUCUGUUUUCACAAUGUCUGCUUGUAGUAUAGAUGGACAAUACAUAUACCUUUCAUCCGGAUAUGAAUACCAUUUUCUAUGGUACAUUUAUACACGAACAAUGUAGCAUUUAUCAUUAUAUAAACACAAAGGUAAACAAAACUGGUUGCUAAUUCAAAUACAUAAUAAUAGGACCGCUUGUUCUGUAAUACGAAUAACUUAAUGUAUUCCUUUUCAUGUUUAUAGAAUUUCUUCAUUGUUUCACAAAUGAUGUCAUUCUUGUACUGUUUGGAAAACCUUGGCAUACUUUGAAUUUACUUCAUUUUCGUAGAGAUUACUGAGACACCUAUUUUUCACGAAACGCAAAAUGCGAAGAUCAAACGCAUAUUUUAAAUUUUCGCAGAACCUGACCACCACAAAAAUAGCAUUGCCACUUGACAAAAUAGUCUAUAAAGUUACAAAAGGGAGUACACGUGUUUUAAACUGAUGACAAAACAAACCUUUAUCUCAUUUAGCCGAGGAGGUUCGGCCUGCUUGUAUGUCUUGCUGACAGGCUCGUAGUUUAUAGACGAAGGCAAAGGUACUAGUCUUCAAAAUUACUCAUUUUUAUGAUUAAUGAACGGUAUAUACAUUUCAAGAUAUCGUCCAUAUAUCAUUUGCAUAUCAACAUUGACAAUUCACACAAUACAACAAUGAAUAAAGAAGUGGGGUAAGUGGGCAUUCGAGUCGUGUUACAAGUUUGAUUCACGCCGCGGCUUCGCUGAAUACUGCUGCAUACAGGUUCCAACUCCCGAGAAGGGUCUUCGCGACUGCCGCCCUGAAUUUUGUGCAUUUUUCACAAUGACCUAUCUGGUACUUACUUACUUACGCGGUCAUCAAAGUAAAUUUCCUCAGUAAAAAUAUCUUGACGUUUUUCGGGAACAGACAGUUAUCUUUCAAUUUCCUACAACAGUGAAAAAGUUACAGCUGAAACAAUUUUUGAAACACCAACGUAUAUUUUACAUGAAAGAUUCGACAAUCAAAUUCUUGACGCAUGAAGCGUACUUGUAGAUGAGAAAUAUGCUGUUUUUUUCUUUUUUCUUUUUUUAAACUGACAUGUAUAUUUAUACUUGAGUAGCUGUGGCAUUUUUUUGUCUGUUAAUCAUGUGGUCACUGCCCAACAGAAAUACUACAAAUGGAGGGAUGGAACUCUAAAAACCGAACUCCUCGAUUUAACUGAAACAUACAUAGCAAGACUGGCAUAUUGCUGCUAGAUAUUUUGAAAGUUCACGUAUGUGUAACGUUACAAUGCAGCAUUUUCUUAAUCAAAUAACAUCAUCAUUCCAUCACAAACGUAUUACGCAAAGAAUGUAAGGAAUCUUGUGGUGAAAUUGAAUGAGAUAUUUAUUACAUUUAAAUGCAAAACAGUUAUAAAAAUAUUGUUAUCAUACUACCGCUAAAGACCAUAAUAAUAGAGAUGGUAUUGUUUGUUUCGGCGAGAGAUGAGAUCUAUUUGAUUGCCGUAGUGUGCAAUCUUUUCAUGGAUACCAGUGUAAAUAUAAUGUGUGGUGCUUGCGAGAUUUUCGAUAACGGUUUUCUGAGUGAAAGAGUCACUGAGUAGUUUUGAACCUUGUGCGUAAUCCCAAAUGUAAAUAAAUUUACUGAAAGGUUGUAUGUCUUUUUAAUGCAAUUAUGAUUGCCAAUUUACGAAAUGGAUAUAUUCGUUGUAUUCCGGAAAAGGACUGCAUGAAGGGGCCACUGUUCCGGACAGUUUAAGAACUCGCCAUCUUCAAAAAAACAACAACAAAAAACCUGUAACAUUCCCCAUUUUGAUUCAUUUGCAAUAAUACUCAGUAUCCCGAUAAUUGGGUUUAACAUCAUUUUCAGAUACUUUGAAAAUACAUUUACUUCUUAACAAAAGGGUUUUCAAAGAACCCGGACAACUUUUUAAAUAUAUUUUAAGUAUUCAGCGGUAUGGAACAGUACGGUGAAACAUGUAUUGCGCGGGUAUCUUGUUGGCAAAAAUGGCGGACUACUAAAAAUGAACGAAAAACUUACUUAUUAUUCAAUUUUAUGCCUCGGACAUUAUUGCAAAUGCAUUAACAUGUACACAUUUUACAAUCCUAAAAAUAAACAUUAAAAACUUUGAAUUAUCCUAAUUGUGACCCCUUCCUGGAAUCAUUUCCGGAUUCUAAAGCAUUUGUUAAUAAAACUAUAACCGUCAGUUUAUUUUUCAAAUAAAACAACGCUUUCUUAUA